AUGCGUAGAGCGGACCAAUCGCAACACGCUAGUGGCGACAGCCGGACACAAUUCAGUGUUGCACACAUUUGUUUUGUUUACGAACGCCGAGAAGCUAGCUGUGCUAGCUAGACACAAACUCAAAGCUGCAACGUAUUGUCGAACUAACUGUUGCUGAAUUGCCACUGAAACAAAAUGAAACCUGCGGUGGACGAGAUGUUUCCUGAAGGAGCUGGUCCGUACGUGGAUUUGGACGAGGCAGGAGGCAGCAGCGGCCUGCUAAUGGACCUGGCAGCCAAUGAAAAAGCAGUCCACUCUGAUUUCUUUAAUGACUUUGAGGAUCUUUUCGAUGACGAUGACCUGCAGUGACGACAACAACUGAACCUGAACACCUGUGCGUGAUCGUGUACAUAAAGAAAAAAAAAGAAGGAAUCGUGAAAAUGGGCUUAUUCUGACUACAAGUUCUCUCUUAUUUGUACAGCCCCCCCUCCUACAUGUCACUCACCACCACUGUGAAAUAAAGCCUUUUUUGUUUUUACAAAAAAAUAAAAUAAUAAAAAAGAAGCUGUC